GAAAACAUUCUAAAAAUCAACAAAAUAAAAUACCCGUAAGACAUGUGAUGUAUGUACUCGUAUGUACAGCAAUAGCACAUGUGCAUCUAGGAGACCACCCACAGCAUGCUUAACAACAAUACCCCUUUCCACGUCCUCGUGAAUAAUCAUGGCAGACUCCCACAAAGGGAGUUUCCCAGCGCCAGUCGCCAGUCUGGGCUGUCUCAUUCUCAAGCUGCCAACUCUGACCCAGCUUUCAGAGUGCACUUUCGCUCUGCAGUAAACUCCUUUGCCUACUUUUACUCUGCACCCGGCUCUCAAAUUCUUUUGUGCGGUGAAGUCAAGAACCUGAACUGACCAGCAGACAACAGUAGCAGCAUCAGGCCUCACAAGUUAAAGGGCUCAGACCCAUAUGAUUGCCGCCACUUCAGGUGCCAGUCACAAGGUCUCAACUGCCACCUGCACUUCUGACCAACUGGCUAUAAGUUGGGGAGUUCCCACGACCCUCUCCAAAGGUUGAAUAAUUUGCUAAAAUGGUUGCGGAACUCAGAAAACACUACUUAGAUUUGUUGGUUUAUUAUAAAGGAUACGACUUAGGACAGCCAAAUGAAAGAGAUGUAUAGAGCAAGAAAUGGGGAGGCGGGAGUGGAUGGUGCAGAACUCUCAGGCCCUGAGUGUGCCAUGCUCCCAGCACUUUAAAGUAUUAGCUCACCUGGAAACUCACUGACAGGUUUUAUUCCUUAGGCAUAAUUGAUUAAAUCAUUGAUCUGAGUGAUUAGCUCAAUCUACAGUCCCACUUGCCUCCCUGGAGGUCGGGGUGGAGCUAAAAAUUCCAACCCUCUAAUCAUGUCUUGGUCUUUCCAGUGACCAACCCUCAUCCUGAAGCUACCUAGGGGCCCCCAGCCACUAUUUAUCUCAUUCGCAUGCAAAAGACACUCCUUACUCUGGAGAAUCCAAGCAUUUUGGAGUUGUGUGCCAAGAACCUAGACAAAGACCAAAUCUUUAUUUUUUAUUUUGUCACAACAGGCAAUAUAGUUUUCUGGUUAACAGCCCAGGCUCUGGAGACACACUGCCUGGGUGCAGUUCCAGGUCAUCUUCUGCAAUGUGCCCUUAGCAAGUUAUUUCCUCACAUAUCCGUGCUAAUUCCUUGUCUGUAAAAUGGGGAUAAUACCAACUACCUCUUAGUUAUGUUAUGAAAUUAAGUAAGUUGAUUUUUUAUUCUUUAAAAAAGACCAUGUACAUGUCUUUUGUUAAUAAAAUAAAUUGAAUGUCAUUAAUUGUUUUCUUGUCCAGAUUAGAAUUUCGUAUCUGAGCUUUAUCCACCCUCUUCUCUCCACGAUGCUGAAUUUUACAACCUAUGCAACGGACAUAACUACAGGAAACCCAGAGAAAGGAAAGGCCAAGGCGAGAGCGUAGGCAACGCACAAGAUUUCUCUCCAAACAACUCACAGCAUUGAGAGAAGUGCUUGCAAAGACCAUGCACCCAAGUUUGGUUACCAUGGGGAAACUGGCUUCAACGCUACAACUCGAUCUAUCCGUAGUAAAGAUUUGGUUCAAGAACCAGCGUGCCAAAUGGAAGAGGCAGCAGCGGCAGCGAAUGCAGCCAUGGCCAUCACUAGGACCAUCAAACCAGACCCUUUCAGUGAAGGAGGAGGAGACUCCCUCAGCUAUAAGUACUGCAAACAUUCAUCCAGUAAGUCCCAGAAUCUCUGAUGCAAAUGACCAUGGUCUCCAUGAGCCUUCUGAUAUCAAGAAUCCGGGAGGAGCCGGCGCCUCUGUGAGGGAUUCAUCCUGGGACUCUUGGGCACAUGACAUUGAACAGAUAUGUCUGGGGGCUUCAAAUCCUCCUUGGGCCUCCACUGUCUGUGAAAUAGAUGAAUUUGUAAAGAUCUACGACUUGCCAGGGGAAGAUGACACCAGCAGCCUAAAUCAGUAUCUUUUUCCAGUAUGCCUUGAGUAUGACCAGCUCCAAUCUUCAGCGUAACUUCUUACACAUAGCUUCUAGGGGAGGUCUGUGAUCUGAUCCACUGAAACAUAUUUCCAAACAUCUUUAAUGGGUUGAGCCCAGUCUAAGUAGAUCCAGGGCUGGGAAUUUAUCUUUUUCUGUUAAAAAACCCAAAAAAACCAAAAAAACAAAAACAAAAAACAAUAAAGGAACUCCCCUACCUUUCAUCACUGCCUGCAUUUUCUGAACUCCAUUUGAGUGCCUUCUCACCCAAAUUUCAGCAUUAAAAAGCGUCAUCAGAGAAGGGACGCCAGGAACACAGUGACGUAGGAGGUUCCUGACUCUGAUGCACUGAAUAAACA